AUUUCACCUCUCGUGCAUCACAAAAUCGCUAUUCUUUCAUCCUAAACCACCCAGCAAGGCAUAAAAUGGAGGCGAACCUGAGCAAGCUCAACUGCUUGAUGUGCGGCACUGGAGAGUACACGACGGGAUGGACUGGCGCUGGUGCCUCUCAGUCUGACAAGAAAGUGGGUGUUGUGGGCUUGACCCUGUUCGACCUCCGGCGGCUUGGCAAGGUUAAUGCCCUGUCUAUGGUCGGCACGAACGGGGCGAAGUUCCCCGACAUUCGCGCACACUUGCAAUCCAAGAUCGCCGACGUGUACAAGGACUUUGACGUGGGCUUCAAGAGCUAUCCGGAAGGGGACAAGCAAGACACGGAAGCGUACAAGACUGCCAUUGAUGCGCUUAAGCCUGGAGACGCCGUCAUCAUAUUCACUCCUGACAAUACUCAUUUUGCCAUCGCUCUCUAUGCACUCGAGCGCAAACUACAUGUUCUCCUCACCAAGCCCGCAACCCAGUUACUGGAGCACCACCAAAAGUUGAUUGACGUGGCGGAGAAGAAUGGCGUUGUGUGCUUUGUCGAACACCAUAAGCGGUUCGAUCCUGCCUACUCUGACGCCCGCGGGCGUGCACAGGCCCUCGGGGAGUUCAAUUUUUUCAGUUCAUGGAUGAGCCAGCCGAAGCAUCAGCUUAUUACCUUCAAGGAAUGGGCGGGGAGGGACUCCGACAUUAGUUACUACCUCAACUCCCACCACAUCGACAUCCAUUGCUGGAUCAUGGGUGACAAAGGCGUGCCAACUCGUGUAGUGGCUAGUGCAAGCAAAGGUAUUGCUACCAGCGAACCGUUUAAUUGUGUACCUCAGGCCGAGGACACAAUCACCCUCCUUGUGGACUGGGAGUCAACCACCAGUGCGAAGCAUAGGGGAACUGCAGUGUACACUGCGUCCUGGACCGCUCCUAUGGGCGCGGGUAUCCACUCUGGACAACAUUUCCACUACAUGGGCGCAAAGGGAGACGUGCACGUCGACCAAGCCCAUCGCGGAUACGACGUGACAGUCGAUGGUUCUGGACUCGCCUUUUACAAUCCUUUUUACAUGAAGUACACGCCGUCCGAAACGGGUCACUUCGACGGCCAACGAGGAUAUGGUUAUAUCUCCAUCGAGAAGUUUGUCGAUGCUGCACGUAUGGUCAACGCCGGCGUAGCAAAGCCGGCAGACUUUGACAAGCAGGGCUUGCCGACCAUUCUUAACACUGUCCUCACGACCGCGAUCCUCCACGCUGGCCGUAUCUCGCUCGAUGAGAAGCGUCCUGUGCAGAUCAAGAAGCAGGGCAACGGGUGGGCUCUUGAGUAAGAAACAGCUGGUGCAUUGUGCAGCUC